AUGAUUACUCUUUUAUCUGGCUUGGCAACAUCGGCCAUUUGAAAUGGUCUCAUUUCCGGAAGAGGUAGCGCGGCGGCAUAGCUCCGCUAGCGUUUUUAAGUUUAAUAACUUUAAAGUUGUACCUGGGUAGUUCUAAAGUAGAUAAGUUAAUUGUGAAUUGAUGUGAAUUGGUUUUACUCUAAGAAUGGGCAAACCUGAAUUUAAUGGCGGUCGCGGAGGAGGCGGCGGUCGCGGCGGUUUCCGUGGAGGUCGCGGCGGUGGCGGAGGCCGAGGUGGCUUCGGUGGCGGCCGUGGAGGCGGCGGUGGCGGCAAGUUCGAGAAGAGAGGCGGAGGCGGGGGCCGUGGCUUCGGAGGUAGAGGUGGUGGAGGCCGUGGUCGUGGUCGUGGUGGUCCCCCGAGCAGGGGAGGCUUCAAAGGCGGAAAACAAGUCAUAAUUGAACCACACAGGCAUCCAGGAGUAUUCAUAGCUAGGGGCAAAGAAGAUGCGUUGGUCACUAAAAAUCUAGUGCCAGGAUCAGAAGUUUAUGGUGAAAAGAGAAUAUCAGUUGAGAACGAAGGUGAUAAGGUGGAGUACAGAGUCUGGAAUCCGUUCAGAUCGAAAUUGGCAGCUGCAAUUAUGGGUGGAGUGGAUGCUAUACACAUGGCCCCUGGGUCAAGAGUUUUGUAUCUCGGAGCUGCCAGUGGAACAACAGUCAGUCAUGUCUCGGAUGUUGUGGGACCAGAAGGUCUCGUUUAUGCUGUCGAGUUCUCUCACAGAUCCGGCAGAGAUUUAAUAAAUGUUGCCAAGAAGAGAACCAAUAUUAUACCUAUUAUAGAAGAUGCUAGACAUCCAUUAAAAUACAGAAUGUUAGUUGGCAUGGUGGACACAAUAUUCGCUGAUGUCGCGCAACCCGACCAAGCUAGGAUUGUCAGUUUGAAUGCACAGCAUUUUUUGAAGAAUGGUGGACAUUUUGUUAUCUCAAUUAAGGCAUCCUGUAUAGACUCAACUGCCCAGCCCGAAGCCGUAUUCGCAGCGGAAGUAAAGAAAUUACAGGCGGACAAAUUAAAACCACAAGAACAGUUGACAUUGGAGCCCUACGAAAGAGAUCACGCUGUUGUCGUUGGAGUCUUCAGACCACCGCCUAAGAAAUAAUUGUUUUGUAAAUAUAGUUUGGUAGUUAAUUAUUGUUAAGAUUAGUGUGAAGUAAUAAUGCUUCAACUCUGGGUAAAACUAAUUUUAAUAUACGACUUGUAUCAGUUGUAUUCAAGGAUUUUAACUGAAAAUGAAACCAUUUUGCAAAUUGGCUGAAUCUGAAUAAUGCAUAAAUAAAAACAAGCUACAUUUUGCCUGGAAAGUAAAUUGUUACUAGGAGUUAAAAGUUAUGUUUAUCUAAUUCACAGACUAAGUAAUGAAGGUAUAGAUGAUACUUAUCAGAAACAUUGCAUUUACUUUUUUUUUAAACAGCUUGAUUAAGAUUACUUAUUUUUUCUUCAGAUUCAUGCUCUAGAUAUAUUUUUAGAUAAGUUAUUGAAAGAAAUCUUGUAAUAAGAAUCUGAACUCUCCAAAAGAAAGUUCAAAACAAAAUUAAUCAAACCAUUGUUUUAAUGAGUGAUAUACCCAUUCGGAUGUAUGGGUAAAAAAUGAAAGUUUUGCAGCAGGAAUAAUGUUCAUACCUCCGUUUCGUAUUCCUUAGUUUAAUGAAGUAUGUGCCUAGUUAAGUUUUAGCACAAUUUGACAAUCCAUACAGUUAGGAACUGAAUGUAUUUAUGCAAAAGAAUAGUGAAGAUGCUGCCCUCGAUCGCGUUUAGUUUGCGCACGCAAACGCUGAGGUUAGACGUGACCAUGGACAUCUCUUAGUCUUGCUUGAAUCAUUAUUAAUGUUUAUUAAAAUGGUGCAUAAUUUGGUGAAGGACGCACGUUAUAUAGUAAAAUUUUAAAAAUAUAAAUAUAAAUUUAAUUCUUUAAAAAUAAAAAUCUGAAAACGUCAUACCCAUAAUCUAACAUAGCAACAUAUGUAAAUUUAAUUGUAAAUUGUACAUGUACCUUAAAUUGGGGUGAAUAGGGGUUGAGAGGUGAAUAGUUUAUGUACAGGCUUGUAGGGUUGCCUACAUAGUGAUUUUUUAAAUUUGUAGGCAAGAAUCUGGUUUAUUCGUGAUGUUUUUGUUUAGAACUUUUAUUUAAUUACUAGCUGACCUGGCAGACUUCGUAAUGCCUCAAUCGAUAAAUAAAAGACCUAAGCUUUUAUAUAAAAUAAACUUAAAACAAACAAAAGGAAUCUGUUUGAUGGGGGGGACACAUCAAAGGGUGUAACAAAAUUGUUAUUUUUAUUUAAUUCCGAGCAUUUUUAUCUACCUUUUAAACCUUCUCUGGACUUCCACAAAUAAUUCAAGACCAAAAUUAGCCAAAUCGGUCCAGCCGUUCCCGAGUUUUAGCGAGUCUCGAACAGCAAUUCAUUUUUAUAUAUAUAGAUUAAUGCAGUGUUAUUUCAUUGCUUGGCAAAUAUUUAUAUUAUCAGUUACGUAUUAUUUUCUAAUUUUAGAUAUGCCUAGCGUUUGCGUAUCAAAGAGUGCAAAGCCUUAUAAGAGAUAUGAUCCCUUAAUAUUAAAAACAGCAAUAGAAGCCUAUGAAAUUGGGAAUAGGUCCUUAGUUGAAAUAGCUAAGCAAUUUAAUAUAAGUAAGUCUGUUUUGCACAGACAUGUAACAAGAACAAUGAAAUCUCAAGGUGGACACAAAAAAAGAUUACAUAAUAAAUAUUAAUAUUUUUUCAGAGUGGGGAUAUCCACUUGAUUCUUAUGACUUACUCAUAAUAAUAAUGGGACUUUUGGAUCGAGUUCGCAUAAAAAUAAAGAGAUUUACUGAUAACUUACCUGGUGUGAAUUAUAUUGAGACUUAAAGCGUCAUUUAUUUAUAUAUUUUUAUUUUAUUGUCAAUUCAUUGUCGAUUGCACCCAUUGAGGUGACAUCUGCCAUGUGCUUUUGUCAGUUUUUCAAUGUUUUGUAUUGAUGAUCACUUUGUUGGUGGAACUAAAUAAAUCAAUUAAAACAAAGUAGUGCCAGCCCUAGCAAAUUUCUUUAUUUAUAAUGAUUAAUUUCAUCCCCAUUAACCCAACUAGUCCGCUGAAUAGGGAUAUCUAUUUUUUCAUAUAUUUAGUUUUAAAUUGGAUAACAAAGACACCACCAAGAUUGGAUCAUUUUGAUCCUGAUACAGAAUUUUAUACAUCAACCACUACUUUUCACCGCGUUUUGCAUGAUAAUUAUAUACCUAAGUACCUAUUUAACAUUAGCGGCGGUGUCGUCCACCCUCAUAGAAGUUUCUCAUCUGUAUGGAUUGUAAAACUGCUCUUAGUGUGUAAGAUGCAAGACGUACUUGUUAAAUGUAUGUUGAUAUUUUUGUAAGCGAAUGAAAUAUAUGACGGUGCGACUGA